AUGGCGAACCAAUCUGGCACUAUUCCAAUCCUCCCGCUGAACAACACGCAGUUGCACAAUGGGAACAGUAGCCGCCAAACCCCUACUACCCAUUCCAAAAGAGCAGCCGGCUUAGGGGAGGAUGAUUUCUAUACCGAUGAAGACGUCCUCAAUUACUCGCCCCCUGGCUGGCCGUCAGUCGCGUCGCAGCAGAUGUAUUUUGGCAACCAUAGUAGCCACAGGGGCUUCUUCCCCCUGACACACUACAUCCUGACGUCUUACGAGCUCAAGAUCUCCGUUAUCGAAGACGAACUAGACAAGAUGAACUGCGAGGAUAAAGAUGCGGGAGGAAGGCCACUGCUGUCCCUCCCUUUCAACCGCAAGCAAUUCGUCGCCCGUUGCCGCCAGGGGGUUGGCCAUCUGCCGCCACAAUGCUCCGGACCAAACUUGGACGAGCUCGAUCGAGAGACGCAAAAAGACAAUCUUGCAAUGAGCGCGAGGAUCCUGCUAAGAGAAUACCUAAAUCUUCUUCUCCUGCAUCGCGACAUCAAAAAGCUACCGGGCGUGUCUCGGGCUUCACACGAGACUCAUUUCGAAACCGCAUGGAAGCGCCAGAGCUUUAAUGGCGAAGCAUGCGCGUUUCAGCGCUAUAUCGACGAUUUCGUCAGCACGGAGCCAGAUGCGCAUUUCGCGCGGUUCGAGUCUCUAGUUUACUAUAUAAACGAUUGCUGGUUCAUGAAACCACUGAAGCACCUCUGCUACCUCUUCAGCCGCUCUACUCCCCCCUCCUCCAUCCCCCCUGGCGGACCGCACAUAACUUACAGCUUGCGGCCCUUCCGGUUCUUUCUGAAGAUUUUCCUCGCAGUCGGCAGCCUGUUGCUCUCGCUCUUCCCCAUCGCGCUCUUGUUCCUGGAGACCGAUUGGUCGCGCGCGGAGUACUUGACCGUCGUCGCCGUCUUCUCGGCCGUCUUCGCGCUUGUCAUACUCGCCUUCGAACCUCGCACGGUGCCUAUGCUCGUCAGUCUUAACGCGUACUUCGCAGUGCUCUCCACGUUCCUGUCGAACUUGCCCAUGUAAUUUACGAUACGACCUAAAAACGAGGUUGUGCUACGGGAGAUUCAAACACCUUUUCAGUACUAGGAGGUGGUUGCCUGAUGUAUGUGACGAGUGAUCGAGACGAGUGGGAAAAGGGGUUACCCAUUACAGCCAGCAAGGUAAAGUGAAUAUCAUUCUGUUGACGAUCAGAAAGCUUGCUAUCGUGCCCCAUAUAUUUUAGAUCUCAUAGUUCUAAUGGUGUUUGAGGAUAGAUGUUACGGUAUAGUGAACAUAAGGUCGUCUUGAGAUGAACCCUGGCGGUCUCCAUUAAUAGAUUUUAGCUCUUUACUUUCGAUGGUCUAUCUGUCUUAAGUCGUUUUCAACUCUAGUUAGGCACAAUAAAUGACUAUCGAGACCGGUCAUUAUUGUUGAUUAUCCGAAAAAGAUGUCCGCAAAAGAGUAAUCGGCCAUGCACAAUCGUCUAUUCCCUUUCAUUACGAGAUAGAGUUGAGUGUAACUUAUGCUGCCUCAUUAAUGAGACGCAAAC